UCUCCUACAGGGAUUUAAACAAAUACUUCUCAUUACCUUGUUCUCUUUUUCUAUUUUUAAAAAUACUCAAAAGAAUAUUUUAUUUCCAUCGGAAACUAUGUGCCUGCUUAGAGUUCAUAAGAUUUUCAUUAAAAAAUCUAUUUGAAAUCAAAAUUUAAUGAGUCUAAACUUGUUUCGGAUAAAACUUGAUCCAAGUAUAAUCAAAUUGACCAAUUUGGGGGCUCAAAUAGAUAUGAAUUGAAUAAUCAUCAUCAUUAUUAAAACUUUUUUCCAAUUAUUUGAAAUCCGCAUAAAUAGAUUUGGAUCGAAUGUUUGUUAGUAAAGUAGAGACACGGCCAGGGCAUUUAAUAGUACGAGUCGGUCGGCGAUUUCAGUAUCCAGCGGAGCUUUAAAACCCUAAAUAUACGUUUUCGCUCUCAAAGUUUGUAACCUGUAACGGAGCAGUGGGUUUGAUCAGCGCAAGGAGCAGAGAAAAUGGGAGUUGAGAAGGAGGUGGUGCGACCUGGAAGUGGCCCUAAACCCGUUGCCGGCCAGAAUGUCACUGUUCACUGUACCGGAUAUGGUCAGGUAAAAAUCGUGACCUCUCUCAAAAGUUCUGGAGUACAAAAGAUCCUGGACAAAAACCUUUUUCAUUUAAGAUUGGCCAAGGAUCUGUCAUUAAAGUGCUCACCUGACUAUGCUUAUGGCCGAAAUGGAUUUCCUGACUGGGGAAUACAACCAGAAUCUGAAUUGAUCUUCGAGAUUGAAGUUCUGAGUUUACAGUAGUGAGACAAUAGCUUAUUGAUGUCGGCUUAUUGAGAUCUUCAAGUCCUAUUUGCAAUAAAAACAUAGAUAUUCUGAUAUAAGUAUUUUGGCUAUUAGAACAUGAAGAUGCUUUGGUUGUAGCGUCUUUAGACUUUGAAAAGAAAGUUACCUGUAGAAGCAUUAUGUAACUGACUAUUUUUAGAGAAAAAGGUGAUAUUUAUGGCCCUGUUUGAUAA